UUGCAAACUUGUGUAUUUGGCGCGACCCACGCGUGACGCGCGAGAUCCUAUCAUUUGGAAGCGCUAAAAGCUGACUAUAAAAUUCGUGUUAUGCAAGAAUGCACCAGUAUCCUUCGAUAAUUGCUGGUUAUUAGAGUUGAAAAUUCGCUCUCCGGACUUUUUCGAGCGAAUGAAUAAAGCCGAGGCGGCAAAGCCACGGAAUGUAGCAGUCUGCCCCCGGCCGUUGCUAAGACUGUACGCGCUCGAAAAAUUUAUUCUUACCUAGUGCACGCGAGUUCGCGAGUGGUGUUGUGACUUCUAAAUUAUGAAUACGCGUGUUGUGAACUUUAUCUGAAACAGUAUAGACGGAAUAAAUACAAAAGAAUGUGGCGAUCGGCUUCGCUUGGCGCGCGCGUGUGCGCAGGCGUGGCGCUGGCGAUGUCGCUCACGCUGGGCGCCGGUCGCCGCGACUUCAAGGACCCUGAGGCCAAACAACAUGAUAUCUCACUCUGGAUCGAGGAACGACAAGUACGCAUGUUCAGUGGUAUAUCGAUGCGGAUAUUCGCUAUCGUAAAUGGCCACGUGUCACCAUACGUGUUGGAUCCGAACUUCUCUAACAAACUGCCGCUCAUACCCUCAGAGGUGGGAUACGUGAACUUCACGUGGAGGUCUAAGAAACGGUACUAUUACGAUUUCGAUACGCUAACGUCGUCAGACCCUAAAGUAUUGAAUCCGCCGUUUCUAUCUAUAAAGCCGCAUGGAAGGGUGCCCAAAACUGCUAAAGAGUUCAGUAUAAACUUGCCAUGCGUGGGCAACAGCAGCGGCGUGGCGACCUUUGAGAUUGGUCUUGUACUUAAAAACGGUCGAGGGAUGCCGUUAAAAGGUACCCCAUUAAGGUUACGUCUAAAGAAGGAAUGCGCACAGAGAGGUGUGUAUUUAGAAAGGACAGCAUUUACACUUUUAGGACCGGAUCCAGAAUGCGACAAGAAAUGUGCUAACCAAGGCUGGUGCAAUGACGAGAAGAUAUGCCAGUGUCCCGAAGGAUACAUGGGACAGCACUGCAGGACCGCGCUCUGUUACCCGCAGUGCAUGAAUGGGGGAAACUGCACUGCCCCUGGAGUUUGCUCCUGCCCCCCAGGGUAUCAGGGGAGGAAUUGUGAGGGAGGCAUAUGUUCGCAGAAAUGUUUGAAUGGCGGUAAAUGCAUACAAAAGGACACGUGCGAGUGUUCCAAAGGGUAUUACGGUCGGAGAUGUGAAUUUUCAAAAUGCGUGAUCCCGUGCCUCAACGGCGGUCGUUGCAAGGGUGUGAACAAGUGCCGCUGCCCGGCAGGGCUGGGCGGUAACCACUGCGAGGUGGGGCGCCGCGCCGGGGACUGCUCGCGCGGGUGUCGCCACGGCAAGUGCGUGGCGGGCGGCUGCGUCUGCGAACCUGGCUGGAGAGGGCGGCUGUGUCACCGGUCUUCGGGAUCAUCUGAAGAAUCUGGUGAAUACAAGAGACCACGAUAAUAUCAAUGUGACAGAAGUUAUAACUGCUUCAACAAUGUGAUUUCUUUGUUAAAGAGAUAUUUUUUAUAAUUUGAUGAUUUAGUCAUUUAUUUUUAAGUCCUAUGUCAUUUAGUUACUAAUUAGAUGUAAGAUCAUGCAAUAUUAUUAAACAAUAAUGACUGUA